CCAUUUCAAAUGCUCCUCUUAACUCGAGUAUCCAUCCAUUCUCCAUCCGAAUCAUUUUCUUACGUUUUCUCUCAUCAAAAUCUUUUUGUCUUCCGGUCACGAGAUGGAGUCCGGUAAUAGUAGUAGCAUGCAAUCUUCAAGUGGCGGUGGCGGAGGAGGAGAAGAGGAGUACGAUUCACGCGCCGCCGAUCAAUCCAUCUCCGCCUUCUUCGACCACCACGUGUCAUCUCUACCUCCGUCGCAACAAAACCACCUCAACCUCCUCCAUUUCGACCAUAACAACAACAACAACUCUCUAAUAUCACCAAACUACUUCAACAACAACAACAACACGUUCUUACCCGUAGACCAACAAUCAGAACUUAUCUCCCAACCCGACCUCCGAACCUUCUCCUCCACGUCAUCACUCCCCCCUCCUAACAACAUAGGCGUAAUCAAGAAAACAAAGAAAAGAUCACGAGCAUCAAGAAGAGCACCAACCACGGUUCUAACGACGGACACGUCAAACUUCCGAGCGAUGGUUCAAGAGUUUACCGGAAUCCCAGCUCCGCCGCUAUUCAACAACAACUCCGUCGUGAACACCACGCGCCUCAACACUUUCCUCGGCUUGUCUUCUUCUUCGCCAAACUCUUACAAUAACAACAAUCUCUUGUUACGACCUUUCGCUCAAAAGCUCAUGCCAACGUCUCCACUCUUAUCCGGAUCACAGAUUCAGCAAUUUCAAAACCCUAACAACGGUUUCGAGAAUAUGAAUCUACAGGCCCUUCUCCAAGCUCAUAUUUCAAACCCUAGAAGCAAUGAUCACGAUCAGUUUGGUCUUGGUAUCAAUGGUAUGAUGCAGAGUCCAUCUGCUAAUCCUCACACGGCAGCGGCAGCGGCUAAUGGGAACAUAACCACCGGUGAUAAUGCAAGUUACGGUGGUUCCGAUCAUGAUCAUAAUAAUGACGUUUACCACACAAACAUAUUUGAAAUUUGAAAAGUUCCAAGUAAAAGAGACAGACCGGAAAAGGGAAUAUACAUUAUGCAGAUGAUCAACAGUGAUGAAUAAUAGUAUGUGAUGCGUCUACAAAGUUCUUCGCCUCUUUCUUCUUCUCGUGAACUAAUAGUAAUCGUAAUAGAAUAUUCAGCUUCAUUUAUAUAUCCCUUUCUCUAGUCUUUAGCAACAAUGAAAAUUUCAUCCUUCUCUAAGGGGGAUUUUCAAUAAUGUUAUUUGCUAAUGUAUGUACUUAUAAUAACACUUGUAAAAGAAAAAGAAAAAUAACUCCUUCUUUUUUUCA